AUGGCUUCUAACAAUUACGACUCGCAGGCCUCGACCAACUACAAGGAGGCGUUUGCGCUGUUUGACAAGCGCGGCAACGGCCGUGUCACGGUCGACAGCCUGGGCGACCUGCUGCGCGCGUGCGGCCAGAACCCGACGCUGGCCGAGAUCCAGGACCUCGAGAAGAAUGCCGGGAGCGACUUCGACUUCGAGACGUUCCAGCGCAUCCUCAACCGCCCCGGCGGCUUCCGCGACCCCGGCGAGCCCGAGGAGUACUGCCGCGGCUUCCAGGUCUUCGACAAGGACAUGACGGGUUUCAUCGGUGUCGGCCAGCUCAAGUACAUCCUGACCAACCUCGGCGAGAAGAUGACGGACGACGAGGUCGACGAGCUGCUCAAGGCCGUCGACACGAGCUCCGGCCAGGUCAACUACACCGACCUUGUCCGGACCAUUCUCGCCAACUGA